AUGGGCGGUGGCGGCGGCGGCGACGAGCGGGCGGCGGCCCCGGCUCCCCAGGCUCUCCCUCGGCCUUCGCGCGCGCCCGCCCUGGCCCGGCGGGCCUGUCUGCGGCGGAGGAGCGCUCGGGUCCGCGCGACUGCGGCCGCCGAGCCUAGCUCACCCCGCCGCGGCCAUGGCGGGCGGCGCCGCGCAGGCCGCCUCCCCCCUGCGCUUCCCGGUCGGCCCCCGGGUCCCCGGCGGCGGCGCUGGCCUCCGCAAGAGGUUCCGGUUCAAGCGGGGGAGACGCGUGUCCGCGCGGGGCGGAAGGGCUGGCGGGCGGACGUGGGCACGGCCCUCAAGCCCCGCGCAGCGAGGCGCGGUGCUGCCCGCGAGGAUGCUCGGGCGCCCUCCCCCGCCGCAGCCCCCGCCCCGCCCCGUCGCCGCCUCUUCCCUCUGCCCUGGAAGCAGAUCGGCGGCCGAAGAGGGAGGUCCCGUGCCGGCGCGGCCGCGCGCGAAUGUGGGGUCGGGACCUGGGGCCGCGCCUCACGCAGGCAGGCGUGAGGAGCCGCAGUCCACGCCGUUGGAAGCUUAGCGCCUCGGUGUCCUUACCCUCCCGGUCUCCGCGUCCUCCACCUCCCUCGGGCCUAACACUGGGACGAGAGGAAGCUGGCAGUGACUGCUUAGGACUAGCUCUAGACUUGAAGAAGAGAGGGGAGCCUUAUUUCUGUGGGCACCGCCCUUCUGACCAGAUGACCUCCACUAUAGAUAAGGCCUCUCCCUAGUACUUGAAGCCAGACCAUCACAGGGGUCAAGCCCCAGCAUAGCCCAUCUGAGGACGUCCUGAGCCUACCAAUGGAAGAGAGGGACUAUACACCAAAGGAGCCGCAGAAUCCAACUAAUAUAUUCCUGCAGGAGCUGGGAAUAUACAUGGAAUGGAAUCCCCAAGGUGCUAGAUACAGAGCAACUGAACAUCAGGUUGGGACUGGGAUUGUUGCUUCUAUAAAUGCAACAGAGGAGAGAGGGGCAUGAGAGGUGAGGGUGUAAGCCAGGGAGUAAUUAUAAGGAUGGACUGGGGAACCCAGCAGGUACAGAAGAAAACAAGAUGCAGGCAGUGAGGUAAGUAGAUUGGAAGUCCCCCUGGCGUUGAAGGGCCACUGGCAUAAGGCUAAAAGAGUGAGCUGGAAAGAUAGGUGGAGGUGACUGAGAGGGAAACUCAAACUCCUGAGCCUGUCAGAGGACAGGGGUCUGACCAGAAGAGGCAGAGCCUCUAAGGACAGGUUGCAUGGACAGAAAAGCACCUAGCAGGUCACCUGAUAGGAAUCUCACUCUUUCAAGGGGCACAGAAGUUCUGACACUAACCUACAGUCACCAUAGAGUCUGGGAAGCCCUGUGGCAUUAAACCUUUAACCCAUCCCUGGAACACUGCCUGUGGAUUUCCUUGACACUGACUUGGGGACUUGGAGCAAGAAUGAUUUGUCUUCAACUUUCUACUGCAUGACAGACCCACAGUUGCUAGACCCUUCAACUACCUUAAGGAAUUUGAGAAUUAAAUGAGCUGAUAGGUAUACAGUGCUCAAAAUAAUGACUGGCAUAUAACUAACUCUCAGUAGGUAUUAACCAUCACUAUCUAGAGAACAAAUAAAAUAGCAACAAUACACACACACACACACACACACACACACACACACACACACACAGAAAGAGAGAGAGAGAGAGAGAGAGGAUGAGAAUAAGCAAAUCUAUAGAGGCAGAAAGUAGAUAACAGUUGGGGAUUGGAGAGAGCAAUGAGGAUUGAGUGAUAAUUGGUACAACAUUUUUGUGUGUGUUGGGGGGUUGAGUAUAAAAAUUAAAGUAAAAUUAGAUUGUGGUGAUGAUUGCACAAAUUACUUUAAAAACCCCAUAGAAUCAUACACUUUAAAAGGAUGAAUUUUAUGGUAUGUGAAUUAUAUCUCAAGAACUGUUUUUUUAAAGAAGCAAUAAUGAAAGUUAUCCCAGAUAAAGCUCUCAGAUUGUUGCUAUUGAGAAUGAUGCUUAUCUUCAUUACUCUUCAAGGGAAUUUUUCUAUAUUAACUUUGUAAUAUCCUGUGGCUCAUUUUUACCAUGCCAGUGAUAGUACCACACAUAUGAGAAUCCCGAGAAAUAUGAAAUCACAGUAUAAAUGAUUGUACAUGCCAGGUGGCUAGGAAGUGUUUGUUUGAAUGCAUUUUAAUUCGUGUAAUUGCAUUUCUUGGAGGGAGCAUUUUCUUCAGUGUCUCAUUCUGUGUUGGCUUUUUUACUAGCCUGUUAUCUACUCACAUAGAGCAAGAAAACCAUGCACUCCUAGGGGAUAGGAAUAAUGCUAAUUUUAUUCAUUUGGCAAUACCAGGGGAAAAGAUAAACUGAUACAGAAAAAAAUAGCUGAUACUUUUCUUAGAAAAGAUAUUUUCAUAGAAAUAUCUGCUUGUUUAAUGCCUUUGUCCUGGUUUAGGCUUUAAUGCUUGACUGAAGGUACCCUCAGGCACUUCUCAUUCAUUCAUUCAACAACUAUUCAUUGAACUCCUUCUGUUUACAAGAAAUAGAAUACUGCUGUAAUGUGAGUAGAGAAUUAUCUUAUGAAAAAAUAAAUUAAUUUAACUUUUUAUAGCUUCUACUUCAAAGCUUCCUAGUGUGUACAUACACAAUGGAGGAGGCCAAAUCUAAACGUAAUUCCAGAAGAAGCAUAAGGGAAUUGAGCAGGUGCCUGGUGGUGGUGGUGGCCAUCGUACAACUCACCCUUGCAGUGACCUCUCAGCAGCCCACCCAGGACUGGCCUUCUCCUUGUGGUUCUCAAACUCGCUGCACAUGAGGACUGCCUGUAGGGCUUGGUUAAAUACAGAUUGCUGUCUUUUCCCUAGAAUUUGAUUCAAGAACUCUAGAAUGGGGCCUAAAAAUGUUCAUGUCUAACAAGUUUCCAUGAGAUGUUGACACCACUCUUAGAAACGCUCCCCUAGCCGGCACCAUGAGACAGGAGACAUCUUUAGGACCACUGUCUUUCUUCAGCUUCCUUCUUACUUUUUGGUAUGUAUGGGAACUUAUUACUAAAAAGAGCCCCCUACCUUGGACCAAACCCCGUAUUCUGAUAAUUUCCUUCUUUUCCCCUCAAUACACCCAACUUCUGGGUCCUUUCUAUUCAAGGCCCUGCUUUUUGUAGGGAACAGCCAGCCAAUCUAAUAAAAGAAUCAAAGGAAUGCUUAGUUGUUGCCAAGGCAUUCAUGGGUGACCUUAUGCUAUAAAACUGCUUCCACUUGAUAUUCAGCUUGAAUUUUCUCAGCCUUCCUUCAGGCCAAAUCUGUUGUUCUAUGUAUGACAGCUUUGGCAGUAAUGUCUACACUAAUACUCCAUUUUAAUAGUUUGUUAUCAGUUAGAGAAGGCAUAGCUUCAUUAAUAAUUUAUUAAAUUAUUAAAACAAGAGAAAUCUAUCAGUCUCAUAUUCUCAGCAUGGGAAUCAGGCAGUAUCUUUUAAAUGUCUGGCACAUAAAUUCUCCUAAGAUGCUUUAGGAACGGGCUCAUAAGUAGGUCUUACAGCAGAAAUCAGGAUUUGAGCAACGCUUUAAAAUUCUUUGUUGAUACCCAUGCAGGUGGCCUCUGACAAGUUGCUUGACUCCCCCUUAGGAACCAGAGAAGUGCCUUAAGCCAGAAUCCAUGCAGUAGAAUGAAAGACAAAUACUGGGAACCAUAAGGCUAACCACCAAAUCAUGAGUAGAGACUGGAUUUUAUCUUACUUUACUUUAUUUUAAUGUUUAUUUAUUUUUGAGAGAAGGCAUGAGCAGGGGAAGGGUAGAGAGAUGGGGACAGAAGAUCUGAA